GAUGAGUGGAAAGACAUCGAUAACCGAUAACAUUUCACUGCCAGCAAAUUUUUUGGGGCCAAGUGGAAAAUACGUGUAAUAUUUACAAUAAGCGAACAACCAAGCAGAUAGUUCAACCAAUUUCCAAAUGGAGACACCCACGGCUGACGAUCUGCUGCAGUUCCGCGACUAUAGCGGCGGUGCCCCGGCCCAAAUCAAUGUUAAUUCGCCGACGCACAGUGGUUCUGGUGGUUCCGGCGGUGGUGCCAACGCACAGCGUCAACGCGGCGAUCCACUACAGGAUUUGAUCUACGACAUGACCACCUCGGCCCAAGGACUCUCCGGUGGCGGCUCCUCCGGCGGAUCCCAGCCGCAGAACUCCCCACUGGACGGAUCCGGCGGUGGUGCAGGCGGUGGUGCGCGAAUCUCCUUCCUCACCAUCGAGUAUUACCAGCAGUUCUUCAAUGUGGACACCUAUAUGGUCCUCGAGCGGAUCGCCAAUUCCAUGAUCCCCAAACGGGCCGCAGGCAACUAUCUGCGCAUGAACAUCGGCGAGAAUCCGGAUCUCUAUGGUCCCUUCUGGAUCACCGUCACCCUGAUUUUCUCAAUAGCAAUUAGUGGCAACAUAGCUAGCUACUUGCACCAUGCCAGCGAUGGCUACCUCUGGCACUACAAUUUCCACCUGGUCUCUUACGCGGCCACCUGUAUCUUCUUGUACGCCAACAUCUUGCCAGCCGUUCUGUGGGCCUUGUUCAAGUACAGCCUAAAGCCCGUGGAUGCGGCGGAUACCAUCGAAACGGAUAGCGCCACCUACACCCCGAGUCUUCUGUCGCUGAUGUGCAUCUACGGAUACAGCCUGGCCAUCUAUAUUCCCGUCUCCAUUCUCUGGGUGAUCAAUGUAUCGCUGCUACAGUGGAUCUUGGUGAUCACCGCUGCCUUGCUUUCGGGCACUGUUUUGAUUGCCGUUCUGACGCCUGCCUUGCGGAACUCGAAGUUCUCGCUGUUCCUGAUCAUUGGUAUCCUGAGUGCCCAUGUGGUGCUGGCCGCCGGAUUUCUGCUCUACUUCUUUCACAGUCCCCCAGAUGCGAAGCUGGCUGCAAUUACUCCGACACCAGCUGCACCUGCUCCUCCGGCUGCCCUGAAGGCGGUGACCCAAGCGAUCCUUACCGGGGGUAACGGCAACCAGUCCCACUAGAUAACAUUCCGCGGAAGCCAGUGCGUCACCAUCGCUGACAUUUGUUGUACAUUAAGUUGUCCUUAUUAUAAUAUAUUCGUAAGAGGGCCAUGCUUGAUCACAGAAGGUCCAGGAUAAAUCCAAUGUAUAAUCCUUUGCCAAAUCUGAUUCAAAGCAGCCCGCAUCUUGUGCUUUGUAUUAACUUUCUAUAACAUUUGGCGAAUGUAUAUUUAUAUUAAAUUAGUGGUAGAAAUACGUGUAAUACCAAAAAAAAAAAGGAAAUCGCUAGAACUUUUCGCUGGGGUAGUAAAAAUUAAACAAUUUUGUCGAAAAUUCAAGAAAGACGAAGAAAAUGUUAGUCAUGCCAUCAUUAAAAAUUGUAAAUAUAAUACAAUGUA